CGCCCUAAAAACCAGUCUGGAGGAUCCUGGACCGCCGGUCCAUGAGCGGCGUUGAUGAUGACGACAGCGACCGCGUGGUUGCCCCUCGCCGCCUCCCUCUUCCUGUCCUUCCCCCCCACGGGGGCCGAAGUGGUGGCCUCGUUGUCGGACUGCGACCAGUUCCUCCUCCAGGGGAGUCCCCCGCAGGUCCCGGACGUCUUGGAGGGCGGCAGGAUCCUGAACCAGAACCGAUACAAAGCCAUUUGCCAGACUUUUGAGAACGAGAGACGGUUUGUGACCCUCUACGACACCGAGAACCGGAUCCCGGUGUUUUCUGCUUACAAGUACAGAGGGGGGGUCGGAAGGAGACCCGCCAACGACUGGAAGAUCGAGCCCCAGCUUGAGGGCGAAGACGAGAAGAACAUGAAGCUCGGGGACAAGAACCAGACGUACGUCCACCAGGCCGGGACCGCGGACUACCGGGGUAACGGGGCCUUCGACCGGGGCCACCUGUUCCCGAGCUCUCACGCCUUCAACGGCUCCGACAAAAUGGCCACCUUCACCCUGACCAACGCCGUGCCGCAGGCCGCCAGAUUCAACCAGCGGAGCUGGAACCGGAUGGAGACCUGCGUCAGGUGCAUCAUGGGCAAAUACUGCCGGGGCAACAACGGGGUCCUCGAGGGCUUCGUGGUCACCGGGGCCCGGCCCAGCAGCAGCAACCUCCUCAGGAACCGGAUCAACGUCCCCUCCGUGCUCUGGUCGGCGUUCUGCUGCUACAGCGCCGACGCGAGGACGUGGCUGGCGAGCGCGCACUGGGGCAACAAUGUUGCCCUCUGGCGACAGAUACCUGCAGACGAGGACUCUGGGAGAUCUCCACGAGGAGCUGAGGGGCGAUGGCGCUGAAUUUGAAGUAUUUCCUGGGACGCAGUGUCCGCUCCACGCAACUGUUACUGAGUUUUACCC